CGCAGUUGCUCCCUGUUUCGCAUUUCCGCGGGAUUCCUCGCCGACGAAGAAAAAUCUCGCGUCGAUCACGUCGUAAAUCUUAUUCUGAUUUUACGGAAUAAUUCGAAACGAGGGAGUGGCGGUAUCCGCGAAUAAUUCGAUUAGAUUGUUGUAAUGAAAAAUAAAUUGUUUUUAAAUUAUAAACUCAAUUUCAGUUUAUUUAGUGAUACGCCUAGUCUUUAAGGUUGUCAUUAGCGUCGCGGUGUUGAUAACGUUGACUCUAAGCGAAGACGAGAGAAAGAACGUUUUUUUUAUUUCUUGCCGUAUUAAUUCAAAAAAUGUCCACGUUGCAGUUUACUUCUAAAGAUUUAAUAAAUAAGAAAUAAAUUAAAAGUUACUUCUAGUUUACUAAAGAAAAAAAGAAGGUUCAGGGAAGAAAAAGUAAGACAUAAGAAUAGUGUUGGUUUCUUAGCGUCCCAAACUCUCAUAAACAUCGUCGGUAUUCUCCCUUGGCGGGAGGGUAAUUUCGUGUCCGUCGGAGGGUCGACCCUCGGAGCAGCGCGGGGAUGCGCGCGAGGGUGUUUGUGCGGCGUGGAUAGGCGAGCCGGCAAUUUCGCGUGUGGUUCUCGAUAUCGAUUCUAGAAGGCCGCCGCCACCGUCAGAGUAAUCGCGCACCCCCUUCGUCGUCCUUCGGUCGGCAAAACGACCGCUCGUUGACAUCGUCGUCGUCGAUACGCGAAGGGGGGAUCGAUGAAAGGCAAGAUCGAUCGAUCGGAUUGGAAAACUGGCAGUCAGAUUCUGUCCUGUCUGCGGAAAAGAUCUGCGAUCUGUGAUUAAUCGCGCCGGGAAGAUGUGGACCGUAUCGGGAUAAAAGUAUUGCAAGAGAUACGCAGAUUUGUUAUAUUUUCUGGGGCACCGAAAUAUCUCGGUUAGGCCCUGGCGAUCAUCAAUGAAGAGCCGGACAUGAAUUGGACAUUCGAAUGGUCAUCAUUGGGAUUAUUAAUCAUCCUUCUUCUGAGAUGCGGUAUCACAAGAUCGAUAACAGACGCGAAGGAGCCGAUACUAUUAAAAGUUGUUGCUCCUCCAUCCCACACGGCUUUGUCUGGAGACGUAACAGUUUUUAUUUUGGAUUCGGCAGAAAUAGAAUCUUUUACGAUAUCUACAAAUAUCAUGUCCACCAACGGCACAAAUGGCGCAAGGAAAGACGAGAAAGAAACAAUCGAUCCAAAAAGAGAGGGAGUUAACGCGGGUCACGAACCGCUUGUGCUUAGAAUACUGUACGUUGAUGGCCUCACGUCGGAAUUGAUUGGUGAUUUCCCUCUGGAUACCUUGCCGCAUAAGGGUGAGAAUAUUUCUGUGAUAAUACCUUGUGGUGUUUUCUCGCGUGGCGGAAUUUAUACACUACGACUUCAGUACAAGUUCUCAACCGUGGCUGCCAGACAUAACACUGCCAUUGCCGGGCUGCCUGAAAUUGAGAUGAGCAGUGCCUUAGACGUAAAGUGGCCAACCCCUUCUUUGCUCUUGGAAUCCCAACACUUUGGUACAUAUCCUAAUCAGUCGAUAAUAGCAACUAUAAAGUACAAGGGAAUUUCGUGUGUCCCUGCCAAUGGUGUUCCUGUGGCAGCUUAUAUUUUGCAACUCAUAUAUUGCGGUACUACCGCGGCCGCCUGCGAUCCACAGAACAACAGUCGCAUGCAAGUGCUCUAUUACGAAGAAAUAAAUGGCUUCACUUCGCCGAAGAUCGUCAAAUUGAAAUGUGAAUUUUUUGGACUGGCUGGAAAUUAUGCGCUUCGAUUAAAGGCCUCGGAAGUUAAUCCAUCCGCACCGACGACCAGCGCGUACAUUAAGGUGGAAUGGUCCACCGAAUUUAGUUUCAACGUUCACGCGAGAUCAAUCUAUCCCUGCGAAGGAACAGCAGGCAUAUCGGUUCUCUUUCAAUAUCCCACAUGUCGUCUUCAAGGUGAUCGCGUGCGCGUCUACGGUCGUCUUCGGGCGGAUGUGAGUUCCCUGGCGCCGCCGUCCGCCUUGCACUACGUGGCGGAAUUAAAGGCGGCGCCAGGCAAGCAUUCGCUGAACUUCGACUGCGAUCUCUUUACUGAAAAGUUCAUCGAGUACUGCUUCGUUUACGUGAGUCAGGCGAUCACCGGCGCGAUGGCGGAAGUGAAGCUCGCGUGUAUACCGACCUUCCCGCUGCUGGAAAACGACGCGGCUGGUUGGGGUCCUUGGAGCGCGUGGAGCCCUUGCAGCAGCUCUUGCGUGGGUGGCGUUCGUAAUCGAUAUCGAUUUUGCGACACGCCACCCCCGAAAUACGGAGCGAAAUUCUGUCAGUGACGCUUUGCUCAAAAUAGGUUUUUUUUCGGUGGUACCGGCAGAAUCGAUUUUCAAGAGGCGUGGAACACCGAAGGAUGGGAGUGCCGACACGGAAUGACAUUAGCGGCCACAAGACCGGAAGUCACGGCUCAGAUUGGCGUACACUGUCGGUGUGGUUGUAUUAUCAAUUUUGGAGAUAAAGCCUUGAACAAAAUAUUGGCGGCGAAUACUCAAGCUUGUCCCGGUCGUUCCUUCUGGCUGCUACAGGCAAAAUCGAAUUACAUAAUUCGACUGCAUUUGGAUCAAACGCAGUUUCCUUGCCCAGGGCAAUAUUUUCGCGCUCGCGAUGGUGAUUCAUUAAGCGCGGAACUUUUGACAGAUAUUGCGUUUGACAAGAGUGCACUCGCGAUAGGAACGAUAUACUCCUCGGGUCAAAAUUUGUUGCUCGAGUUUUUUAGCGAUGAGCAUACCGCCUCGGGGGAUUCCUGCGUGGGUGGCUUUUUGGGACAUGCGAGCAUAUUUCAAAAACUAUAUGAGAACAAGACGUCGGUUUCACUCCCUUCGGAAACGAAUUCUACUCUCACUGUUGAGCAAUGGAUCUUCUGGGGACCCGCGCAUCUAGCAACAGCAUCCCUUUUGAUACUUAUAUUCUUUAUAUCUAUUUUUCUAGCACUGCAAUUUGCACUGAAAUAUAGAAAGUACCAUAUCGCAGAGGACUUAGAUACCUUGAGUGAGCAUUCUGUGGGAUUGCCAAAAAAAUGCACACCAAGACUGUCGAAACGUAAAGCACCUCGUGCGAUGGAGGAUGGUUACGAUAGUUCGGAAACUUUGGCGGAAUAUGAAGAUGAAACCAGUUUGAGCUCGACUACCUUGAAGUUUCGAGAUGACGACGAAAGCUGUACAGAGAGAAGCGUGAUACCGAAUAAAUUGCAUACCGAUGAACCACCGGUGACAGUAUCGGCUAUUAUGGCAAUUGGUCAGCCAGAAAUAAAAUAUGCCCAACCAAUCAAAUUACGAACUCUGGGAUCUAUUAGUUCUGCGAACAAAUUGAUGUCGAGCAACACGAGAUGUCAAAGCUCAGCGAGUAUUACCGAGAGCCCGCAUAUCGCAAGACUUCAUCGUUACACGUCUAAUCCUUUGCAGUCUAAGGAUUCAUCGACGAGCAGCCCACUAUCGGGUACAUCCACACUCCGCAAUGGUAAAGAGACGAAGGAUCGUCGAAAUCGCGAGCGACUACUACAAGGACCGGGUUCGGAGUUCAGCCUGACAAAUCCGGAGACGGACAUGGAGCUCGACUAUUACGAUUACAACGUUGCGAAUGCCGGCGCCGCGCCGGGCUCGUACUUAGGUAUGGAUCCAGCUUUUCUCCUAUGGAUACCUCCGUUGUCGAUGUCUGAGGAUUCUCAAGGUCCAUCUGCGGAUCGUCCGGAUUGUUUUCAAGGCACGACGAGUCCGGCAUUGUACCGACUGCCGGAGAGCACCGAGGGCGCGACCCUGACCCCGGCCGAGUAUCGACGUAUGCGACAUCAGAUCGCGUCUAGUGUCGAGGAAACUAGACCGAGUCUUGAGCAGCAACGCCAGGACUCGACGUCCUCGUCGUCGUCGAAGAACGAUUCGUCGUCAGGCGGUAGCGUUCUGUCCGAAGAUAGCAUCAGCGAAAGCAGAACUGCCAGACUGAACGAACGCCUGCUGCCAAUUCACCGGAUCCUGGAGGACUCCAGGACUCGGGUCAGCGAGGAGUCUCUAUGCAGUCAACUUGCAAUCGACAGGACACAAUGCAGCAUUCCCAAUCGCCUUCACAGCACUGAUCUCUCUCAGGAACAGAACGUUUUGAAAAGCGGUCCACAGGAUAGUCAUGUAAAUAUUACCGAUUGCGUUGUAGUCAAGUCAGAGGAGAAAUCGAAACAAAUUUUCAAAAGGUAUCCCGAAGAGGCAGUCCUUCAUUAUGGUACCUCAAAGUCUUAUGUGAAUCAAAAAACAAAGGACAUUUCUCAGAAUGACAAGAAGAAUCAUUGCUUAAAAAAUGAAAAUACAUCCAAACUGUCUGGCAAAUCAAUGAGCUCGAAGACUCAGGGAUACAUAAACGGCAAAGACAGGGUUCUUCAGAGUGCUAACGAUUCCACGGACAUCGUUUUAACGACAAAUUUAAACAUAAGCACGAGCGGCUCGUGCAAGUAUCGAGACUUCACGCAAUUUACGCAACCACGUGAGACCAAUAAACUCUCGGAUUGUACUAAUAUUCCUAUGAUCGAGUUCUCGGGAUCGCGACUGAAUUCACCAGCGACAGCACGGAGACUAACGACGGACAACUUAAACAUCAGUUUGUCCAAGAAGGAGAUUCAAAGUCCUGAUUACGGAGUUGAGAGCGACAUAAAGACCGAAUCGCGCGACUCCUUCUACGAUCUGAUCCGUGAAAAUGAGGACGGCAUCAAGUUCGCAGACGACGACGACGAGUAUAUCGAUAAUAGAGCGAAUUUGUGAAAUUUAUGUUGUAAUUGCUACAUAUGAGAAUGCAAUAAAGGUUAUUAUUAUUUUAUA